GGAGAUUUUUGUGGGGGCUGUGGGCACAGACGGACUCGGCCGGGGCCCGAUGCAUCCCCCCGCCCCGGUCUCUGAUUCUCUCCCUCUCUUCCGCCUGUCUGUUUUCUUUUCAGUUAGCCCAUGUUAGACUGUGAUGGGAUUCAGUGGCGGAGCCGAUGUGAGAAGGAGCCGAACCGGCCAUUUACAGCCGUAGAGACGAUAAUAAAACAAACUUUUAUAUAUAUAUAUAUAUGCAUCUGCUAUAGCUGCAGGGCAUUCUGGAGAUCACCAACAUGACAGUUCACUAUCAUGCAGCAUUGACGUGUACCUCUUUUCCUUUCCUCCAUCCAUCUUUUCUGUAAUAAGGGGGAAGAGGAAGAAGGAAGAAUAAUACCCAACAAAAUUUUGAGAUGGGCGUAACGGAAAUGGGCAGGAGGAAGGAGACGAGAAGGUCCCUCACCGUGGCGCCCUUCGAGUGCGCAUGGAGGAAGGAGCUGAAGUUCAGAGAUGCCGGCAGAGGGUGCGUCUCCUUCGACGCCUUCGCGCAGAACGACGUCACGAUAGUUUUCCGGGAGCAGGCCGGCAGCCGGCACUACAAUUACAAGAUGGAUAGCACCCCCAAUUACACCGUCAUCCUCGGUAGCCACCGGAACAAGAGGCUGAAGAUCGAGGUAAGCGGGAAAACGGUGGUUGACGUCGCCGGCAUCGGCCUCUGCUCUUCUUCCUCGUUCCAGAGCUACUGGAUCAGCAUCUACGACGGGCUCAUCAGCAUAGGCAAGGGUCGCUGCCCCUUCGAGAACAUCGUGUUCCAGUGGGUCGAUUCGCAGCCAACGUUUAAGGUCCAGUACAUAGGUCUCAGUAGUUGGGAUAAACACGUUGGUUACAGGAAUGUCUGUGUUCUGUCCUUAGAUAAAGACUGCAAUUUCCUUGAAAGGAGACUCUUGGAUGUGGAUGAUAUGAUCGAAGUGGACGUUGGCGACGACGAUGGAGAAGGCGAAGAGAGUGAUGAGGAGAAGAGGAGGGAUAACGGAAAUGAUGGGAGCAGAGAUAAGAUAGAAUUGGAGCACUUUUUGGAGAGUUGGGAUCUCUCGGAUGUCAUGUUUGUUGUUGGUGCUGAUGAGAAGGUUGUUCCUGCUCAUAGUGUUAUUUUGAGAUUGUGCGGUAACUUCUGUGAUGUUUCUUCAUCAACUGGGGAGGCAAAAGUUAUUAAGAUUCCUUGGGUGGGUUAUCCCAUUCUUCAUGCCCUGCUUAAAUUCAUAUACACAGGCAGAACCCAGAUUUUGGAAUCAGAGCUUGAGGCUUUGAGAGAUCUGAGCAGAGAAUUUCAAUUUGUUCCCUUAGUGGAGAGAUGCGAAGAGACUAUGAACUGUGGAAAAAGGAAAGACUCGUCAAAUGAAUUGGAAAUACUCCAUUAUAGCAUUCCUUCACAUUGUUGGGGCGUCUUUCCAUAUGAUCUUCCACUCGACGUGAAGAAGUUAAGGCAAUUGCUUUCGACCGGCGAGGAAAGUGAUGUGGACGUAUAUAUUGAUGGCUAUGGGGUGAUAGCCCGAGCUCAUAAGCUAAUACUCAGCUUGUGGAGUACUCCAUUCUUCAAGAUGUUCACCAAUGGAAUGAAAGAAAGCAGUUCAAAAGCUAUCCGCCUGUGGGAUGUAUCUCCUGAGGCUUUUUUGGCUAUGCUUCGGUUCAUGUACGGUGGAGAUCUUGAACUGAAAGACAGUACAGAAAUGGUUUCAGUGUUGAUACCUCUUCUUUUUCUGGUUGAUCAAUUUGGGGUGAAUUAUCUUCAUCAUGAGUGCUGCAAAAACAUUCUAGAAUGCCUUUCUGAGGAUUUGGUGUGCCCUGUCCUACAAGUAGUAUCAACACUUCCAUCUUGUAAGCUUCUCCAAGAGACAUGUGAGAAGUACUUUGCAAUGCAUUUUGAUUACUGCACAACUACCAAUACAGAUUUUGUGAUGUUAAGCAAGGCUGCAUUCACCAGGAUCCUUGAGCAUCCUUACUUGACCGUAACAUCUGAAGAAAAAGUCCUGGAUGCUGUUAUAUUGUGGUGCAUGCAAGCGGACAAGAUUUGUGGGUGGCAAUCUGUUGAUGAGCUCUUGAACAUUUCAACACCUGAAGCCAUUUUUUCAGAGAGGCUUCUGUCAAUCCAUUUGCUGCUCCCUCUUGUACGGUUUCCAUUAAUAUCCACAACAACACUUCAAUUGCUUGAGAGCAGCAACCUUAGCAGGCAGAUUCCAGUUAUCCGACAACUUGUUGAGGAAGCCCUUAGCAACUCUAACAUGGGGGCAGCAGGAAAGAUGAAUGAUCACAAUGCAAGAUUUCAGCAUCGAGCGACAAGCUUCAAAGAACUAAGAUAUAUAUGCGAUGGAGACAAUAAUGGUGUGAUGUACUAUUCUGGCACCUCAUAUGGGAAACAUCAAUGGGUUAAUCCCGUCAUAGCCAAGAGAGUUAUUAUUACUGCUAGCAGUCCUACUUCAAGAUACACAGACCCUAAAGCACUAACAUCAAGAGCCUACCAGGCAACCUCCUUUACUGGACCACAUGUUGAAGGAGGUCAAAGCUGCGCUUGGUGGAAGGUUGAUCUUGGUCAAGAACAUCAGCUCAUGUGCAACUACUACACCAUGAGACAAGAUGGUUCCACGGCCUAUCCAAGAUGCUGGUCUUUAGAGGGUUCACUGGAUGGGGAGAAAUGGAGUGGAUUGCGCACACAUGAAAAUGACCAAACAAUUUGUAAGCCGGGUCAGUUUGCAUCAUGGCCAGUCAACGGACCAAAUGCACUACUUCCUUUCAGAUUUUUCAGAAUAAUAUUGACUGGUCCCACUACUGCAGUUUCAAAUCCAUGGAAUUUCUGCGUUUGUUUCUUAGAACUGUAUGGAUAUUUUCGCUGAGAAUGUCAUUUAAAUGUAAAAGUAAUAGUACCUGCCCCCACUGUGAAGUUGUACAUUAUGCUAAACAAAUAAGAGUAGUUCUUUUUCA